AUGUCAGGCUCCACACCUACCCCAGGCAGUGGGGAGCAAGCGACCACUUCAGGCGAAGGUGCAACUUCCGAUGCAACCGACAGUACUCGCCGUGCGGACGACAACAAUACCUAUGUAAAGCAUUCACUACUACGAAGCUCUAGUUCUCCCGACAAUCCUAGAACUCUACCUACACUGACCCUACAUCGACGAAGUUCCUCCCUCCUGCACUUUUCAAAAGCCACAGCACUUGAUGGCGAAUCAGAACCGGUCCCUUCUGAGCGUCCUUUGCAUCUUCUUGCUCUACACACAAGCAGAUCGACACCAGGUCUAUCUAGCCAGCUGACGUCCAAGAUCUCGGCGGUCCUUCUCCACAAUGACACUGUCAUUCAUAGACCGAAGCUGAUUUCAAGACCUACUAUCCAGACGGCGGCGUUCAAUCAACACCCUAGUACUCACUCCACCGCAAAAUCACCACGACUAGCGAUGACAGAAAUUUCAUCUCUACCAUCCAGUGUCAUCAGUACAAGCAAUGCAUUGCUGAGCCUGUCCACUGCGCCGACUUCAUUCGUUUCAUCAACGGGGCCAAUGUCCGCCGAAACCACACAGCGGGGUCAGAACGCCAAUCGAAAGAUUUCUACUGGCGGCUCUCCUCCCAUUUGCGAAUCAGGUCCCGACCCAUUGCUUUCUCCAUUUCUAGUCUUUCCCCGUCAAGACGCUCCCCGUCUCUCCGAGCCAUCCGUUGCCACCAUCGAAAAUGCCGCUGCCGCGAAGGCCUUCUUUGAAUCACACUUUGACCAGCUGCUGACGCCCAAGGCAUCGCCACGGUCUCUGCGUCUCCGAAAAAUGGAGCGCAAGCUUUUCGCCAUGACCAUUGCCAACGAGCAACGUCAUCAGAUGAGGCGAGAAUAG